AUGUCCAGCAAUCAGGACUCUAGCAACCAGGCAUCUGUCGAUCGCCAAUACUCGAAAACUCCUAACAGUACGUCAACCACGAAUAUGCCCCGCGAUGACAAUGAGUUUAGUCUUACUGAUCUUUCUGAUGAAGAACUAAAGAAGCCACACCCUCGCAAGUCUCUGGCUGAUAGCAUCACGAAGAUUGCCCUGAACAAGGACGAUGCGAACAUUCUCAGCAGUCAAGCCUCUAGCAACCGGGCUAUUCAUCAUUUCGAUCUCCAAUCCUCGAAGAUCCGUAACAGUACGCCAACCGCAGAUAUGUCCUGCAAUGAGACUAAGUUUAUUCAUACAGAUCUAUCCGAUAAAGAAGCAAAGAAGCCACACCACCACAAGUCUCUGAAUGAUAGCAUCACAAAUAAUGACCAGAAAAAGUACGAUAUGGACAUAACCAGCAAUCAAGCCUCUAACACUCGGGCUUUGGCCAAUUCUCGCGAUGCCCAAUACUGGAAGGUCUAUAACGGUACGCAAACCUCGGAUAUGCCUUGCGGUUCUCACUGA